UCAAUACAAGUGUGCCUCAAGUAAAAUGUGUAUACCACUGGACCAGGUGUGUGAUGGCUACAGACACUGCUUACAUGGUGACGACGAAUUAGUAUGUGAUUUUGAAUGCCCUUACGGGUGUUUCUGCAAUGGAUUAGCUGCAAAUUGCAGAGCCAGAAACAUGUCGCAUGUUUAUGACAUCCCAAAAACUACCAGAGAAUUGGAUCUAAGUUUAAAUAAAAGACUGGACAGUGUUUUACAAAUGCCAGUGCUAGAUCUUAUAGUUUUAUCAAUUUUGAAUUUGUCAGGUUGUGAUAUAGACGUCAUAACUCGCAAUGCUUUCAACAGAUUAAGGAACCUUCAGUUACUGGAUAUAAGUAACAACCUAAUAAGAACAUUACCAAAUCGAGUUUUCAGCAGUUUGAAGCAGCUUAAAACAUUGCAUAUUCAUGGUAAUUAUUACAUGUCUAAAAUAGACCCAAAGGCUUUUCAAAAUCUUUUUCUUAUUCGUGAUUUGAAUCUGGCAAAUUCUCUCCUGAGAAAGAUUUCAGCUAAUACCUUUGCUGGUUUGAAAUUGAAAAGUUUAGAUCUGUCUAAUAAUAAACUAGAGGAUAUUGAACCAUUUGCAUUCAAUGAAUUAUCAGCAAACAUAAUAAACUUUGAAGGAAAUACAAUAAAAUCAUUGAACAAAGACAUCUUUACUGGAGUGAUCGAUUUGCAAUUACUUAGAACACCAUCUUUCAAGUUCUGUUGUAUUCGGCCAAACUAUGUUGAUGAACAUAAUUGUAUUCCAACACGAGAUGAAUUUUCGUCAUGUGAAGACCUCAUGCGACAUUCAGUGCUGCAGUUUCUUUUAUGGUUAGUUGGCAUGUUGGCUUUGCUAGGAAAUUGCCUUUCUUUGAUUUAUAGACUGAAGGUGGACAGGAAACGACUACAGCUUGGUUUUGGUAUAUUUGUAACGAAUCUGGCUGCAGCUGAUCUUCUUAUGGGGGUCUAUCUGUUGAUAAUAGCGAUAGCCGAUGCUGUUUUCAGGAAAAGGUACAUUUACGAAGAUGAGAAAUGGCGAGGAAGUUUUUUAUGCAAUCUUGCUGGUGUUUUGUCCACUAUAUCUUCAGAAUGUAGUGUGUUCCUUCUGUGCCUGAUAACAUUAGACAGGUUACUUGUUAUAAAAUUUCCGUUCCGCCCUAAAUAUUUUACAAAGAAGAAGUCCAUUAUCUGCGUAUUACUGGCUUGGGUAACCUCAAGUUUCAUUGCAGUAUUACCAGUGGUGUAUGAAAGCUACUUCCAAAACAAGUUUUACUCCAGAUCUGGUGUAUGCAUUGCUUUGCCGUUGACAAGGGAUCGACCGCCUGGCUGGGUGUACUCUAUUUUGGUUUUUGUACUAUUUAACUUCAUCACAUUUCUCCUAGUGGCAGUUGGUCAGUGGACAAUCUUUUACGAAAUGCAAAAGUCACGUGGAAUGGCUACGACCGCAAAAUCGUCACGAGUGAAAGACCUGAAAGUUGCCAGAAAUCUUUUACUUGUGGUAGCAACAGAUUUCAUGUGUUGGUUUCCAAUAGGAGUGAUGGGUGUUACAGCGCUUUCAGGCCAUGUCAUAUCGGGAGAUGUGUACGCAUGGGCGGCUGUGUUUAUCUUGCCGGUAAACUCGGCCCUUAACCCGAUACUUUACACACUGACAGCGAUCAUUGGAGGAAAGGCCUUCCAACCAAGUACGAAUGAACAUUUGAGAGUGAAGGAGAUUAAAGAAAUCGGAGAGGGCGCUUUGGAAUUACAUGCAUUUAGUAGACGGCUUGCACAUAAAGAGGAUUUCUCGUCGUCGAAAUAUUGGAGUGUGAACAAGAUAUUAGUUGAAGAGAUAGAUAUUCCACCAGUUGUUCUUUUAAGAAGUACUGCCCAGCUGGCGGGAUUGCUGAAGGUGUUGCAUGACAAUUGCCUUGGAAUACAGUCACUUGAUAACAAAUCCGUACUCAUCAGCGUGCGCAAUGGAAAGGUAUUAGGUGACGUCAAGAUUAGAGAAGAACCUUAUGUGUGUGUUCCGCCAAAAGAUAAAUCUGACGACAUUUACCGGUUUGGUGUAUGGCUGAGGAAUAUCAGUUUAUUGUCAAAAAGACAUCUUUGAACUUAUGUUUGUUUGUUUUUUUGGUUUUUUUUUUUGAGUGUAUGAAUUUGUUUUACUUUAUUUAUUUGAUAAUAUACUUCUAUUCAUUUCGAUUAAGUUUCGUUAGUGUUUUUUUAUAUUUGAUGCUGUAAAUGUCUUUUUGUUAAUUUCACAAAAUAAUGUUCUAUGAUUUUAGGACUUAUUUGUUGUGCUUUUUUUUAUAAAUUUCACAGACUACUUAAUUUUGUUGUAAGUGUCUUUUCUUUAAUUUUACGGAGAAAUGUCUUUGAUUUUGGGGUUUUAUUUGUUGCUAGAAUAUUAAAUUCAAAUUGUAAGUAAUACGUUGGUUGUAAGUUUACUUUAGUUGUUAAUGUUUGUUUGCUAGUAUACCUUUGUUGGCUUCACUUUGCAUUUACUUGAAAAAUUAAAGUUGACCUAUCUGAUAUUUUCUUUAUAUUUUGUCGAGCAUGCUUGACAUAUACCACCGAAAUGGUGGUAUACGUUUCUGUGUAAUCAUGUUAGUGUGUGAGUCCGCUCUUUUGAUUUUGCAAGGAUUUUAACAAGGCACAUGCUGUAUUGUGUUGAACAAUUUGUUUAGUUUUAGAUUGUGUCGCGCACAAACCCAAGGAUCCAGUCUCAGAGGUCGAGGUUAUACUUUUGGACCAAACAUCACUCAGAAGUUGUAUGGGCCGUAACUUUAACAUGCAUAAUAUUGUAUUCUGUCAUUUUGUAUAAUUGUUUGCCUCAUUGCGUCACUCGCAGGAAUCAGGUCUCUAUAUGAAUUUCGACGUAUUAAAUUGUUAAUUUGAAUGUCAGUGCAUUUCUGAUUAAGAUAUUAGGUGAUCUCGAGGCUUGCCUCAAGACGUCACACACAAGAACCAGGUUUCUAUAUGAAUGUCGACGUAUUAAAUUGUUAAUUGAAAAUCAGUGCAUUUCUGAUUAAGAUAUUAGGUGAUCUCGAGGCUUGCCUCAAGACGUCACACACAAGAACCAGGUUUCUAUAUGAAUGUCGACGUAUUAAAUUGUUAAUUGAAAAUCAGUGCAUUUCUGAUUAAGAUAUUAGGUGAUCUCGAGGCUUGCCUCAAGACGUCACACACAAGAACCAGGUUUCUAUAUGAAUGUCGACGUAUUAAAUUGUUAAUUGAAAAUCAGUGCAUUUCUGAUUAAGAUAUGAAGUGAACUCGAGAUUUGCCUUAUUGCGUCACACACAAGAACUAGGUCACUAUAUAGAUGUCGACGUAUUAAAUUGUUCAUUUGAAUGUCAGUGCAUUUCUGAUAAAGAUAUGAAAUGAUCUAGGUUUGCCUCAUUGCGUCACUCACAAGAACCAGGUCUAUAUAUGAAUGUCGACGUAAUCUAAUGUAAAUUUGAAUGUGAGUGCAUUUUGGUUAAGAUAUUAGGUGAUCUCGAGGUAAAACAACUGAAGUCCGAAACCGGUUUGCAUUAUUUGCUUAGGACUUGCGGUUUAUGACAGAAAGAUACCAUUUUAUUUAUUUAUUUAUUUUAGUGUAUUCUACACUUUCUAUUUUACAAUGUUUUUUUCUCUGAGUUUUGAAUUAAUUUUACUUUUAGUGUUUUCUAUUUGAUAAAUUCAUAAUACACUAUUGUCUUUGAAUGUAUUUUUUUUGUUGGAUUUUAGUUUGUUAAAUGUAUACUUUUCUUUCAGUUUAGGUUUAAAUUUAUUGUAAGUGUUCUUUUGAUAAUUUCACAGUAUCCUUUAAUUAUGCCCCAUUUGAAAAAGGAGGGGUAUAUUGUUUUGCAGAUGUCGGUCGGUCGUUCUGGCGGUAUGAAACCAAUCCGUUUCCGGAUGAUAACUAAAGAACGAUUGGGCUUUGGAUCAUGAACGUUGAUAGGGUGGUUGGUCAUAACUAUCAAAUGACCCCUAUUGAUUUUGAGAUCAGUAGGUCAAAGGUCAAGGUCACAGUAACCCAGAAGAGUUUAACGGGUCCCGGAUGAUAACUCAAGAAUGCUUCGGCCUAGGAUCAUAAAAGUUGAUAGAGAGGUUGGUCAUGACCAGCAAAUGACUUAAUUGUGAUGUAAGUAGGUCAAAGGUCAAGGUUUCAGUGACCCGGAGAAGUCCGAUGGUUUCCAGAUAAUAACUCAAGAACGCUUUGACCUAGGUUCAUGGAAGUUAUUGGAGAGCUUUAUCGUUUCCAGCAAAUGACCCCUAUUGAUUUUGAGCUCAUUAGGUCAAAGGUAAAGGUCACCGUGACUCGGAACAGUUAAAUCAUCUCCGGAAGAUAACUGGAGAACGCUUAGGCCUAGGAUCAUGAUAUUGAAUGGAGAAGUUAAUCAUGGUCAGCAGAUGACCCCUAUUAAUUUUUAGAUCAGUAGGUUAAAGGUCAAGUUCACAGUGACCCGGAACAGUUAAAUCGUUUCCGAAUGAUAACUCAAAAACACUUGGGCCUAGAAUCCUGAAAGUUAAUAGGAAGGCUGGGCAUGACCAGCAGAUCAUCUUUAAUGAUUUUGAGGUCAGUAGGCCAAAGGUGAUCGUCACAUUGACCCGGAACAGUUAACUGUUUCAUGACGAUAACUUGAGAACGUUUGGGCCUAGGAUCACGAAAUUUUAUAGGAAGGUUCAUGACCAGCAGAUGACCCCUAACGAUGUUGUGGGCAGUAGGUUAAAGGUGAAGGUCACAGUGACCUGGAACAGUUUAACCGUUUCCGGACGAUAACUUUAGAAUGAUUGGGCCUAGGAUCACGAACUUAAAAGGAAGGUUGAUCAUGACCAGUAGAUGACCCCUAUUGAUUUGAGGUCAAUAGGUCAAAGAUCAAGGUCACACUGACUAAGAACAGUAGAACUUUUGUGCACAGUGACCAGAUAAUUUCUUUCCUUGUGCAGUUACUGAAUGCAUCAAAUGGGGGACAUUUUGUGUUCUUCGAGCUCUUGUUUAUUUUAGGUUCAUUUGAUGCUAAAAUAUUCAAUUCACAGUAAACUUUGUACUUUUAAUUUAGAUCUUUUUUUUUUUUUUUUUUUUGUUAGUUUAUUUUCUUCUUUUUUUCACAAUACACUUUUACUUGUAUUAACUGAUAAAGUUGUCCAGUCAAAUUGUAAGACAUAGUUGUUUUCUUUUUAUCCUACCCUCAUAUAAGAUAUAGCGCAAUAUCGGCCUGCCUAAUAAACUUUGCUUUAUCUAGUCAGUGUCAAGAUAUCACUUUUGCGGGAACUUUUGAAAUCACUUAUUUUAUCAAAAUUUUGCAUUUAAAUCAUCACCAUUGUAUUGGAAAUGUCUGAACUUGGAAAAUGAGUGGUCAAAUCAAAGGUUUUUAUCCUGAAACAAAAAAGUUAUUGCUAUUUUUCACUUUAACAGCACUUCAGCCGGAAAUUUUGAAAACAAUUUCUUUCCGAAUUUUUCAUUGAAACUGUUAUCAUUGUAUUGGAAAUGUUCUAACUAAGAAAAUAAGUGGUAAAAUCAAAAGUUUUUAUCCAGACACAAAAAAGUUAUUGCAUUUUUUCAAUUUUCCACAAACUGAAUUACACUAGCAAACGUCAUAUUAUAUGACGUCAAAUCUGCACGCUGUUGCUCUUUCCAAAGACUUUUUCCUAAUUUUCUGAACAGGUAGGAUAAAUAGAAUAUUAGAUUACUGUCUGAAUAAAUAUAAAU